AUGAAUGUGAAUAGAGAAAAGGUUCAGCCCGCUGAUAUCUCCUUACCAUCAGCGGCAGUGGCAGAUCCGAUAUCUUGUACCAUCCACACUGAAGCCAUGGAUGUGAAUGGGGACCAGAGGCUCCCAGGCAAUGACCUAGCUCCCUACUCCUGCCCGGCAAGCCGGGAAAGGACAGGAGACACGCAGGGCAUCUCUGGUCAAGAAGCAGUGGUCGUGGUCCCUGCCCCAACCAGCAACAACAGGACCACCUCGUUCUCGGUCUUGGACAUUUUGGAUCCCAACAAAUUUAACGGCAGCAAACGCCGGCAAUGCAGCAUUCUGUACAGAGCGGCCAGCGAGUACACAGGAGCAGCGGCGGGGGAGAGGGCUGCGGACGCUUUUUGUGAAAUUGCAGAUCAGAAAACGCUAAGUGAAAGCGGUUUGGACACAUGCAAGAAGGUCACUGACAUAAUCAAAGAUGGAGAUUUCCUAGACAGUUACAAAUCUGAGGAGUGUGAGAAGGACUUUUGCCGGAGUUUGGACACCACCGAGCAGAUCUGUACCAGCAGCAGUGGCAGUAGCCAGAGCCCGCGUCGGGAAGAAGCCGAGGAGUACAGUGAAGAUAGUGGUGGUGGGAGAGGAGGAGGAGGCAGUGGUGGUACUAUCAGCCAGCACCAGCAGCAGCAAUGUCAGCAGCAGCAGCAGGGUCAGAGCCAGCAACAGCACAGGAGCAAGAGGAAGCGCAGCGGCUCAGACGCUAAGUCUGGCAAACCGCGGCGGGCCCGCACUGCCUUCACCUACGAGCAGCUGGUGGCCCUGGAGAACAAGUUCAAGUCGACCCGCUACCUCUCGGUGUGCGAGCGCCUCAACCUGGCCCUGUCCCUGAGCCUGACCGAGACCCAGGUCAAGAUCUGGUUCCAGAACCGGCGGACUAAGUGGAAGAAGCAGAACCCCGGGGCAGACACCAGCGCUCCUACCGGCGGAGGAGGGGCGGGAGCUGGGGCCGGAGCUGGUGCAGGAGGGCCAGGGGGAGGAGGAGCAGGAGGGGGAGGAGGAUCGAGCUUGGGUGGCCCCGCCGGGACUCAUCUCGGGGGCCUCAGCCCCAUGAGCUCGUCGUCUCCUGUCGGCGGGCCACUGUCCGUGCACUCGGCUUACCCUGGCCCCGGGGGUCUGGUGUGCGCCACCCAGUUGCCCUUCCUGCCCUCCCCCGCCGCUGUGCUCUCCCCCUUCAUGCUGAGCUCGCAGACUUACGGGGCCCCGGCUUUCUACGCGCCACAUUUACAAUAA